CCAGCCCCAGAACUCCAGGCCGCCAUUUCCGCGUUUCAAGCCCGACGGAGCGCGUCCGGAGCCCACAGGCCUGCCCCGGAGCGCGUAAACCCACACGCACGCGCCGCCCACGUCCAGCUUGCCAAUCCGGAGGCGAUCAGUUCCAAUAAUGCCCCGGAAGGCAGCCAGUGAAGAGGAGGCGGCCGGGGAGCCGGGCCCUGAGGAGAUGGAGGCUGAGCGGCCGCGGCCGGUGCUGCGCUCGGUGAACUCGCGCGAGCCCUCUCAGGUCAUCUUCUGCAACCGCAGCCCACGCGUCGUGCUGCCCUUGUGGCUCAACUUCGACGGCGAGCCUCAGCCCUACCCGACGCUGCCGCCGGGCACCGGCCGCCGCAUCCACAGCUACCGAGGUCAUCUUUGGCUCUUCAGGGAUGCGGGGACCCAUGAUGGACUUCUGGUUAACCAAACGGAAUUGUUUGUGCCGUCCCUCAAUGUGGAUGGACAGCCUAUUUUUGCCAACAUCACACUGCCAGUGUAUACCCUGAAAGAGCGGUGCCUUCAGGUCGUGCGAAGCCUGGUCAAGCCCGAGAACUACAGGAGGCUGGACAUCGUCAGGUCGCUCUAUGAAGACUUGGAAGACCACCCAAAUGUGCAGAAGGACAUACAGCGGCUGACGCAAGAGCACUUUGAAAAUCAGCCCCUGGGAGAGGAGCCUGAAGGAGUCCAUUGAGAUUAGUGGUCCUGAAUCCAGCUUUGAUGGUUCUGAGUCUUAAUCCACACAUAGGACAGGUCACUUUCUUUCCAUGUAAAAAUGUUUCAUUCUCGGAGUAAAAUACACUCCAUUGUGUAAAAGAAAGUUAACUAAUGUCACUGGGCCUUGUGGUGCUUAAGGAUGAGCGUCACAAAAGGCCACUGAAUCUGCCCUUUCUAGAAGCACUCAUCAGAAGGCGUUUUUUAUUUUGCUUCCUGGUAAGUCGGGAAGUUCUGUGUAAGGAUAUUUGUGUAAGUUCUUCAGCUGGGGUUGCAGUGUGCCCUUUAAUGUGGAAAUGCAGCAGCAAGUGAACAGAGGGCACCUGCCUCCUGCUCUUGGAAGGCUGAGAAGGCCCCAAGGCAGGGAUGGACGUUCUUCGAGGCCCAGUGCCUAAGGUGACAGGAGUCUUCAGUCUGGAAUGUUGGCCGAACAAACCGUCAGGUGCUUGGUGGGAGAGUUUGGAGGGUCUGUCUCUCUGAGAAAAGCCUUAAGUGUACAAGUAAAGGAACAGCUUAGCAUCUUGUGUUUAGAAAGAACUUUUUUCUGAUUUCCCAUGUCUCAGCACUUUGUUGCUACCUUUUUUUUGUUGUUUG